AUAAGAGGACCGAUCCGCUGGUGUUUUAUGCGUGUUACAUGUCAAUUGCCAUCAGCGCCAUAAUGCAUCAUUGACAUUUAAUGUCCAUAGGACAAUAAGAAUGACAUUCCAUCGGCUAACUAUGGACACUGGGCACUGGUCAACUGCUGGUCACUCAUAGACGCCAUGAUCUGUAUGUAUUAACUGGUACUGUUUGGACCGAUUUGGGUCCGGAAAUAGUUUUUUCGUUGUUAGGUGAAUUUUGUUGUGCGGCACAUGGAUAACUGGACAAGCCGACCUCAAGAUAAGAGGACAUCGCCCUUCAUUUUGAAGUGGCAUAACAUCUACCAUUGGCCACGUCUGACUGGACUUGCGAACCGUGACCGCAGUAGUGUAGAAGAGGCCCAGAUGGCUACGUACGAGAGCCCCUACACGGCGGAGAACCCAGCCUCGUUCUACCACUACUCUCUACAUCCGGAUGACCUUGCUACCAGGAGGAGCAUCAGUGUCUACUCACUCAAGGACCCAGAUAGAAAGAAAAAAAGCAGCCGAUUUCCACAAUGUCGGGUCUGCUUUGCGACGAUGCUCCUUGUCAGUCUCGGUGUAGCAAUUGCGGUUGCCGUGACUCUGGCAAUUAUGUUGUCAAAUCCUCAUCCAAAGUUUUACCGGACAAAAAGUGCAGAUAACACAACCCUCAGUAAGGACUUUCUGAAAGAAAAAGAAGUGGAUUUCGGCACUGACAUAUGUCAAUUGAUGAGUGCCAUGUUUGAUCUCCGAGACAGUUCGCACCAGUCGAGGAAGGUCACUGACUGUAAUGUGUUUCUGGCAGACAGUCCCGGGAAUAUGGUGAUCAAUAUAAAACUAAAAGUGGACGAGACAUUCAUCAAGUCAGAUUCGAACAAGGUAAAAGCGAUGUUGGUAGCGAAUGCAUUCGUCCUCAGUUCGAAUUAUUCUGGAGAAAAACUGGUCAUCUCUGUACCUUCUAACAAAACCGACAAAUCAUCUGCGAUAUCCGAUGUUCUUACACCAUCAACAACGGGAUCCGAUGUUUUUACAUCAUCGACUACAAGAUCCGAUGUUCUUAAGCCAUCAACGGGGUCCGAUGUUCUUACGCCACCAACAACGGGAUCUCAUGAUUUUGCACCAUCGACAGCGGGGUCCGAUGUUCUAACGCCAUCAACAACGGGGUCCGAUGGUUUUACACCGUCAAAAGCGGGGUCCGAUGUGUUUACAUCGUCAACAACUGGAUCCAAUGUUCUUACGCAAUCAACAGCGGGGUCCGGUGUUUUUGCAUCAUCGACUACACUAUUCGAUGAUCUUACGUUAUCAACAACAGUGUCCGAUGUUCUUACACCAUCAACGGGGUCCGAUGUUCUUACACCAUCAACUACGGGAUCUGAUGUUUUUGCACCGUCAACAACGGGGUCCGAUGUUCUUACGCCAUCAACAACGGGGUCCAAUUUUCUAACACCAUUAACAACAGGACCCGAUGUUCUUACUACAUCAACUACGGGAUUCGAUGUUUUUACAUCAUCGAUUACAGGAUUGUCAGAGUUCCUGUCACAGUCGAGUUCUGUUGCAGCAGAUGCAUCUUCUGAAUCUACGUAUACUGCUAUGUUAGUAUCAAACUUUAUGUCAGAUGAUCUUGAUGGUACAUUUAGAGUUUCUGCUAGUUCUCGGGAUGUCUCGUCAUCAGCGUUUGUGUUAUUCAGUGAUGAAAGCAAGGCUUCGGGGAAUACCAUUUCGAUUCAGGAAAGUAUACAACUUCCAAUAGGCGAUGUGGCGUCUAGCACAUCAUUGUCUGCUGCGGUACGUAUUUCCCCAUCUGCUGCUUUGUCGUAUCAGAAUGUUGAAUUGACGUCUACUCAUGAUAAGCUCAGCAGUAUUAUAUCUCAUCCACUUAGUCAGAUAUCACCUGACAGAUCAGAACCUGCGCGAUUCAUUACUACAAGUGUUUUAAGUUCCGAAUCUGUUUUAAGUACUAUGAGCGUUCCGAAUUUGGAAUCGUCGGAGCAAUAUAUAACACCUACUGCCACCAUACAACAUGUGUCAAGUGUAGCUAUGUCGUCACUUCCGGGCCAUACUACAAGAUAUAACCGACACGAUACGUCAUCGGUGAUAUCCUCCGAAUACGGAUCAUAUAACGAGGAUAUGACAUCAUAUGCGCGGGUACCUACUGUGUCCUUAUAUGCAUCAGAUAUGUCUAUGACACAAUUAGGAGAUUCCCCUCCGUCAGGAACUUCACCAAAGGCAAGUGAUUCGGCAAUAAUUCCGGGAGAAAAAUUAAAAACAUCAGUAACACCUGGUCUGGAAUUAACUGCUAUGACAACUGAAGCAUCACAAGCCCCACACGAUGUUUCUUCAUCGGAAUUAAUUUCAAGACACGACCUACAAUCAUCAUUGUCCGGUGUGUCUUUUUCGUCAGCUGUAAAGAGUCUCCGAGUUCACUCUGUCGCUUCUCAGCAUGCGUCCCCCUCUUAUAUAGCUUCGUUCGUUGUAUCAGACGUUGCAUCAGCUAGUUACACAUAUCUACCAGACUCAGGAUCUGCAAGUGCAAACAUAUUUUCUGGCGAUAGUGCUGUCCAGACUGAAUUGCCUACUCCAGUACUUUAUCCUUCUGUUGUGGUCGAUAGUGCUGAUAUAACAACACUGGAACCAGACAAAUCCUCACAGAGGAUGACAGUUUCGGCAACAAUAAGAGUACCAGCGUUACAACCUCCGAAAGCACGAUGGUUAGAUACAACCAUGUUCAUGUCAGAAGUCGCCGUGGACAACAACUCGUCUUCUAUGGCGGAGUUACCAAUGCUGAAUAAUGACACGGACGCGUCGUCCAAUAUAACAGUACCAGAGAUAAGGAAGAACUUAACACUGGAGACGUCCACGUCACAGGCCACGGUUCCAGAGCUUUGGAACAGAACAGAUUCCAUGGAAGACAACAUAAAACCAGUUAUUGUUCCUUUGUUACAAUCCGCGGUGGGGACGCCACUAUUAAGCACAACUCAAAAUCCUACUACCACUGCACAGGACGUUGGAAGGGCGAUUUUUGAAUCAGACAUAUCAAACAGGGCAAUGGGGACGGCUAACCCUCAGGACUUCUGGGACAAUAUAUUAAAGAUGGUGCAAUAUACUUCAACAAAGAAACCAAAGACCCAGGAUUCCGAAUUAUCAACACUAUAUAAAAACCUGACAUCUGAUUCCAAAACAUUAUCUACUGUUGAUGAAGGCAUUUCGUCAGUGACAGAUAGCGUGGUGUCUGACAAAGUAUCAGCAUCCUCUACGAUUUCUAAUUUCAAUACAGCUUCUUCGUCUGUAACUAAAUUAAGUGAUAACUCAUCUUCUUUGGUUAAUUCACUGAAACCGUCAGAGAGUGAUAUUCUAGAACCCAGAUCAUCCACAUUGUUGUUAUCUGAAAUAUCUGCACGCUCAACCCCUUUACCAUAUAUAAGAGCCACACCAGUUCUAACGGCAGAACCAGGGUUGAUGUCGUCUAUCGAACAGAGUGUUAUAACUGAAAAACCUAUUAUGGAUAAUUCUACCUCUAAAGAAUAUAGACAAUUCACCUCUUCUAUUGGCAACGGCAGGUCUUUGUUAUCAUCCGACUUUGGAAAUCCUAGAAUGGACAAUCUGUUGUCAACUACGCAAGAUGCUUCAGUCAUAUUAUUCUCGUCUGCGCAAACUGCAUCGCCGCCCAGCUCUACAGUAACUCUCACGGAGGAUUAUGCAUUUUAUGAUCUUAUUCCAGUCAGUUUAGUGACCUCUCCACCAGGAUCAACUAGUGUAUUGUCUGGCAGUAUUGUAUCAUCGAGCGACAUUCAUUCAACACGUUCAUCACCCCACCAACAGGGUACAGAUGAUAUGGACUUUUACGAUCUAAUGCCAGUGAGUGAUAUAGCAUUGUCAGUUGAAAUAAGUUCCAGCAAAAUAAAAUCUGUCAAGAUAACAGACGAUCUUUUACCUACAGGUACAAUAAAAUCUGCAGAGGUUUCUAGUGCGUUCCGCAGUACAGCGACACAAAGUGCGCCAACAGUAGAUGCUAGCCUAACAACAGGCAUAGAGGCACCAGCCACACUUACAUUAGAUCCUAUCCCAUCUUCAAGUAUAAAGACAUCAUCCACAAUAAUAUUAGCUGAUAAUCAAUCAUUGAAUAUGGAAGCAUCAACGGUAGAUGCUACUUUAUAUGUGGUUAUGAAGGCUUCAGUCACACCAACAGUAGACGUUAGCCCAUCGUCAAGCGUAGAGACACCAUCAACCGACUUUUAUUCUAGUUCAGUGUAUAGAACCGAGUCGUCCGGCCUAGACAUUGAUAUAAGUACCAGUGCAUCUGCGAUUAUUUCGACACCAAUUGAAGUCACACCGUCUCUUGCGACAGUUUCAAAUGAACUGUUCGGAGAUACCUUGUCCUUAAAGGUUGAGUCACACACAUCUGUCAGUGGUUCGUCGUCAUUACUCAGUGUACAGAAAUCAUCGUCGGAAAUCAAGGCUACUACGUCGCUGAGAGACGCCAUUGCAAGCACCACGACGGAACCUCCGCCAAGCAUGCCAGCUGUUUUCAAUGUAGGAUCUGAGUUUGGGAACAAAUUGUUUUUCGCAAAUGAUUUUUCAAAAAUGGAUUUCACCAGAACUGAUACUGAAAGUAACGACAAAUCUGUACCAUCAUCACUGUUCAAUACUGUGCCAAUGAUACCAAGGGUGACAACCCCAAGUAUACCACGUGUCAGAGUUCCAAACCUAUUUCAAGGGGAAGCAAAUCCGUUUCAAACCGUCCCGACGACUCCCGAACCUCCCGUAACUAAACCUAAGGUCAUACCGCCGACCCCCGAAGAUCAGAAGACCUCUUCUUCGUCAUCAGGACAGUUUCUUUUUGACUUUGGCAGUUUGGGGUCAAAUUUCGGAGGCAGUCUUGGUCUGGGUAAUAUAAACUUUAACUAAUAU